GUCGUGAUUCUAGCACACGUUUGAGUUAAUUUUCAAAGUUUUUCAAUAACUUUUGCAUAUUUGAAAAAAAAUAUGGCUAAAUUGUUAGCCUAUUACAGCCUGUGUCCGAUUAACGAUGUUCAGGAUUUUCUCGGCAUGUCACGGGAUGUCGAUUCCGGCUGCGUGAUCAACACCUUGGGCCGGAACAUCAUUCAAGUUGUUAAGUUAAGUAACCAGAAGCUGCAGCGCAGUUGGACGGCUCUCGAUCGUUUGACCAGCAAGGUCGUGUACGAUUUCCGAUCGGAACGUUAUGUGGGGGUAUUUGGCGGAAGGCAUAUCCGCUGCUGGCCAGCUGAUCAGAACGACAUCAACAAGGUGAAGAAAGUUAAAUUUUUCCGCACGAUAAGGGAACUUUUCACGCUGGCCAAUGGCCAGGUUUUGGUUCUCUACGAAGAUGGUAGCUGCGAAUCGCUGGAAAGCGCGGUUGAGACAAGGAACGAGGAUCGUAAAGAUCCGGAUAACGUGCGGGGGAAGGCGAACAUUGAUAUGGCUGGAGAAACUAUUCUGGAAGUGAUCACCGUUCCUUCGGGUGAGGAGGAGUUUAUGUUAGCCUAUUUUGUGCGAGAACAGGCAAGUGGCACUGUCGUUUUGAAUUACGCUCUGUUGACCAAGGAUAGUUUGAAACCAGACGGAGGUUUCCGAAAAAUACGUCUGGAAAGAGGCGAGCAGAAGGUUCAGCUGAUGGGACAAACGAUUGUGGAUGGAAGCGUCCAUCCAAUGUUGAUUUCGAUUUGGUCGGACAAGCGCAUUUUCAGUCAAACGCUGGCCCUGGAGAAGGGUCAAAGUCCGGAGGUUCAGCCAAAAUCGAUUGGCAAUUUCAUCUCGAUACUGAACAUGAUCAACACGGCACAGCCACUGUCGAUGGUCGGCAUCAGUAAGGAUUACAUCGCCAUUUAUGCCAAUAAUAUGAAUCAAGAGGGGGCAACACUGCUGCUGUACAAUGUUCAGUUCAAGGUUGUUCAGGCGAAGCAAUUCUUCAAGGUUUACUUCAACAAUUCUAAAUUUUGGCUUUGCGAGCAACACAUCCUGUUAGCUUUCGGGCAAACGCUGUCGGUUGUGCCGUACAAAAUAAGCAAAGAACAGCUGUCGGAUAUGGUCGGAACCCAGCGCAGCUUUGAGCUGGGCAAUUAUGUAGACAAUGAAAGCAUCAACGAGGAUUGCGAGUUCAACGAGAACUUUGUAUUCCAAGGUGCUUCCGGUAAGACCGAAGAAAGCGGGGUGACCGAUGACGAGGAAGAACUCGACGAAAGCGAUGAAGAACUUGACACAAAUAAAAAUCCUUUCAAAUUAUUUGAAAGUGUGGAGAAGUUCGAAGAAUUGCUGGAAGCUUCCUAUAAAAGUGGGCUCAAAGUCGAUGUGUUACGAGAUGCUACCCUUCCUCAUGGUUUGCUCCAAAUGCGUUUGAUGAGUAAUGUGGACAAUUCCCUGGGACCUUUGAUUUUCAGUGAGAAGUUUGAAAUUCUCGUCGGGGAGCUCGAAAGACAUGGAUUUAGCGAAAUGGACAUAACCGACAAGGUUUUACCCCUAAUGAUACAAGCAAAUGCCUCCCUAGACAUCGGAAAAUGCCUUAAAAGAUACAGUACAGUCUCGGAACGAGCGCUGGUAUCAGCUUUAAAAUAUUCUUUGUCGUGUGAAGAUAACCAGACCAAUGAAAUAGGCUCUUCCAAAAAAUCAUCUAAAGGAAAAACUACCUCAGAUGAUAUACCGCUUUCGGAUCCACCUAGUUUCGAUGUUAUCGAAAGUAAUGACAUUCAGGACAACUCAGCUAAAGACCUUCUAAACAUUGUCCUCUCCUGUAGCUUCAACCGAUCGUCGAUUCUCCCUCUAUUGCGAAACGAAAUCGGUUUCAACACCCUCAAACAACUACUCGACCAUCUGCAAUACCUCCUAACGGAUCCAGUGGCAAGAUUAGUGGAGAAUCCUGCCGCGGUUCCGGAUGAGUUCGAUAGCGACGAAAAAGUGAUCGAAUGGGUAGCGCUGCUCAUCGAUUCCCACUUUCAGCAGAUUAUUCUGUCCCGGGAUGCCGCACUAAAGCAAAAGCUGCUCGAUUGGAUCGAAGUGGUCAAGAGGCACACGGCCGGUUUGAACGAGCUGAAGGCACUGGCCUCGGAAAUCCGGCGACUUGCAGAGGGCAAAUUUAGGGAAGGCGAAAAAGGUUUCAAUCGGUGGUACAAUGUAGAAAUUGUUCAACUUUAUUGAAGGAUUGUUCUAAUAUAACAAAAAUGACUUAUUUGAA